AUGACUGUCCAUGAAACAGUAGCAAAUGCUCUUCAUCAAUUAGAAACAAUUUUACUUGAUGGAAAUUAUCAUGACGAGAAGCUGCAUGAUUCGCUCAAUGUUGUUCAUAAUCAAUUACAACAGAUCGAAAAAAACUCAAAUUCAAUGCUGACUGAUGAAAAACAACGACUUCUUCUCAUGUUUCAAUCGUUGGAAGUGAAUUUAUUUCGUCAAUUUCUCAUUCAACUCUCAUCCAAAAUGCCGUCAUCUUUUAUAUUCUCUCUUUUGGAUACUAUUCGUCUUCAAUUAAUCAUUGAUAUGGAAACAAAUUCGUUGAUGAGUGAUUGUUACUUUAAAAUAUCACUUAUAUGGUUAACAACUGAUUCAACAAUUAAUUAUCUUACUCAAAAAACGCUUCCAAUAUCAAAUGAAAUUAAUAUUGAUGAACAAGUUUUUAAUUUGUUCUGUUAUAUUGGUUCACGAGCUGUUUAUUAUAAAACAAGUGGUUCUUCUUCGAUGUGUGUCUCACGAAAAACGACACCAAACUUUUUUCAAUUAACGAAUACUACCGAACGUCUUCUUCGAGCAUUUAUAACUUAUUUGAAUGAGUAUUUUUUAAACGAUCGUCAAUAUUCAGAAAGUGAUGCAUUAAUAUUGAAGUGGUUACUCAAUAUGGCAGAUAUUUAUGGAUUUAUUCCGUAUUUUGUUAAAACAGGUUAUCCUGAGGCUAUACUUGAAUGGAUGAAAAAAAAACGAAAUUUCGAAGAGAAAAUAUCUCUAGAAACAUGGCUUCUUGUCAUUAAUAUCUUAUAUAAUUUUGCUCGUCAUUUGAUUGGUAUGAAUAUAUUGAACAAACUAAAAACACUUUCAAUUCUUAAAGAAUGGAAAAAUCAAUAUUUUUCCGAAUUACCAUCAGCUGACAUGAUGAAAACUUUUGAAGAAAUUCUUGUUGCUUAUUAUCUUCUCUAUGUACUUUUACUUGAACCGAAAGAAAUGAAAAAAGAAAAUAUGACCAGUAUUCAAAAUGUACUUGAUCAUAUUAUUGAACGAACAAUUCAAGCAUUCAAUUCAUCUGAAUUUAAUUGUGGUCUAUUUAAUGUUUCUGAAUAUUUAGCUGGUUUAGCCAAAUUGGUUGCUAAUGAUAAAUUUCUUCUAUAUAUUAUUUCAAAAGACAAUAUGUACGAAUUAUUUAUUAGUAAAUUUCUAGAAUUCAAUCAUUUAUGUACGAGAAAUGGUAAUGUCGAACCCAAUGAUCUGCAUGGAUUGAUUUGUGCUUCGCUAUAUACAAUUUUCUGGUCGAUUAGUUUUCAGUCAGACUAUUAUGUGAUAUUAAAAGAAAAUGAUGAAUUCAUUCGAUUUGUCAUGCAAAUGUCCAAAACCGAUUCUAACGAUGAACAUAUUAUUGCCAUGAGACGAGCAGCAAAAGGUAUCCUUUUUAAUCUCGAUCUUGUUCAAAUAGAUCUUCAAUCAAUUGAUAAUACUGAGAUAGAUUAUGAUCAUGUGAAAGUAAUGAUUUCCUAUGCACACAAAGAUACAAAAUUAUGUCAACAACUUGUUAGUCAGCUGCAAAAUCAUGUUCGAGGUGAUAUCUGGGUAGAUUUUAUCAAAUUGAAACCACCAUAUGAAGAUGAUUGGGAAGAAAUUGCUCGUGCUAUUACACAAUGUGAUGUUGUUCUUAUGAUUGUUACUGAAAACUAUUGCACUUCAAAAAGUUGUCGUCGUGAAGUAAUUCAUACUGAUAAACGUAAUAAACGGAUUAUACCUGUCUAUCUAGGAAAAGAAUAUCAACCUGAAGAUUGGUUUGAGAUUCGUGUCGGUUCGGCUACUUUUGUACGAUUUUCGGAUAAUAAAAGUGAUGAAACAGUAAUGGAAACUCUUCUCAAUUUGAUCCAUGCAACAGACAAAACUAAACGAAAUCUCGACAGAAUGAAAUCCCAUGAAGUACUAAUCCAGACCGGUCAACAACAAACUAUUCAAUAUAUAGCUCCAAAUUCGAUUCUCUCGGCACCAGCAGUCUCACCGUCUCCAAAGCUAAUUUCAAAUCCAAUUAUUGAAACUCUAACGACACAACCAGUGCCAUAUUCGUCGACACCAGACAUUAUUCCUAGUCUAAAUCUGUCAUCAGUCAAUACAAAACCAAUCGAACAGUGGACCAAUGCCGAUCUACAACAUUUACUUCAAUUGCCUCCAUCGAUACUUACUUUAUCUUCUGGUCAAGCGUUACUCGCCUAUAUUCGUCUAUUAUCUAAUGAAGAUGCUCUAUUCGAUGAAUAUGAGACAUGUAUGCGUCAUCGUGGACUUAGCCGAGAACAAUUUGCCAAUCUGAUUGGAGUACUCAUGAGUUUACGUUCUCUACACAAUAUUGAAGCGACAUCGAAUCUUCCACCUAAUCAAUGGACAUACGAAGAAAUCAAAUGCUGGUUUCAUCAUAAUCGUUUAUCCAAUUAUCUAUUCGACAUAUUUACAUUUGCCGAUGGAACCGAACUUCUCAUCUAUGCAAACCUAGUUACAGAAUCAUCCACGCGUAUGAAUGCCGAAUAUGAUCGAUUGAGGUGUCGCAUUCAAUCUCGAUACAACGGACAAGAUAUUUUUCAACUAGAUGACUAUGCUCGAUUUGUCAAUGCUCUCAAAAAACUUCUCAUUCAAUCCCAGUCAUCAUCAUCAUCAUUGUCAUCGUCCCAUACAACACAAGAACCUGCCCAGUGUACUAUUUCUUGA